AAAUUUGGAAAAAGUAGCCGACAGCGCUUCCUUUUAUGUCCGCAUGCCUUAUAUAUGGAUUGCCAUAUUAACAUCAUUUAACAAAUCGUGUGAAUUUUGGGAAGUUAUGAUUAAGCAAGAUUCUCAUGUUUUUUGGGAAAGCUUUGAAUUUUUCAACGUGAAGUUUUGGACUUUACGGCUUACACUUCUUUCAAUCUUAAAUAAAGACGUAACAAUAAAAGAUCUCUUCAGGGGCGCGUAUGGUUUUAAUGAAUUUGAGUUUUUAGAAAAUCAAGAAUAUAAGUUUAAGCUCCUUGACGAAAGUUCUAUAAAAUAUCAGGAACUUAAACAUCGGUAUCCUCAUACAUCACAGAAUGAACACCUGUCACCUUGUACCGUAUAUAAGAAUUGUAAAGGAGCUCCAUUUGAUAUCUUUUUUUUCAUUAAUAAUUGCCUUUUUGCGAUCCAAGUAAAGUCUUCAGACGCCACAACUAAUCAACCCCAGACUUUGAGCAAGAAAAUAAUACAAGAUGAGUAUGAGAAGACUGAAAAGGCAUAUAAGGAAUUAAAGGCAAAAAUUCCUGAACUUAAGGACUGGAUGCUUUUCAUAUGCACAAACGGACCUAAGACUGAAGAUGCUUUGGACUUAUUACAAUCAAAUUGUCUUGUAGUAUACAAAGCGAAUUUUAAGGAUUUUUAUGGCUAUACGUAUUCUAGUCGUGCUGAAUUUUCUGAAGCCAAUGAUAAAUUGGACGCUAAUACUGCUUCGGAGUAUGAACUAAGAACCGUUGAAAUGAUGGAAGAAGAAACUGCGCAUGAAAUAUGUAACAAAAGGCUAUACAACGAUGAAGAUGAUCUAUAUAGUAAAGUCAGUAUGAAUGAACAAGCAAAGAAAAGGAUUAAGGUCGUAAAAAAAAAUUAAUAGUGGGAAGUUAAUUUCUGCUUCAAUCAACAUUCUUGCAUUUCUUUGCGUAAUAAUGGUGAUAAAACAAUUUCGUAGUUUUUAACUGUAACGAUUUCAUGUAACAUAUUUUUUAAAAGUCUGCAAUAUAUGAAAACUUUAUUUUUCAGAAUAGAGUAUACAGUAUUU